AUGGAAGAAGAACGAAGAAAUACUACCUACGAGGAUGAGAAGUUCCCCGGUCUUGUAGGGAUUGAUGAAGAUGAGGAUGAACAAAGAACAAGCUCCACUCAGUGUUUUUCUAGUAGUGUAAGUGAAGAAGAAGAAAAUGGAAAAGCAGAGAAAAAAGAUGAAUCAUCGCCGAAGAUACUUUGCCUAGCGGAAGGGUUAUGGGAAGAUGCUGUUUUAAUAUCGCCGUUCUUCUUCUGGGGCACUGCCAUGGUGGCGAUGAAAGAAGUGCUUCCUAAAUACAGUCCUUUCUUCGUUUCGUCUUUUCGUCUCAUUCCAGCUGGGUUCCUUCUCGUUGCUUUUGCUGCUUCCAGAGGAAGGCCUUUUCCCUCUGGCUUUAAUGCUUGGCUUUCCAUUUCGCUCUUUGCUCUCAUAGAUGCUGCCUGCUUUCAGGGAUUUCUCGCAGAAGGGUUGGAGAAGACUUCAGCUGGUUUGGGCAGUGUUAUUAUUGAUUCACAACCUUUGACAGUGGCUGUACUUGCAGCUUUGUUGUUUGGUGAGUCCAUUGGAAUUAUUGGAGCUGCUGGGCUUGUACUUGGUGUCGUAGGACUUGUGUUACUGGAGUUACCUGCCUUAUCAUUUGAUGGGAGCGACUUCUCACUGUGGGGAAGUGGGGAGUUGUGGAUGCUUCUUGCAGCUCAGAGCAUGGCAGUUGGCACUGUUAUGGUUCGUUGGGUAUCCAAGUACUCUGAUCCUAUCAUGGCAACUGGAUGGGUGCGCUUCAAAUCUCAUUUUAACUCGAUUUUGUUGACAAUUUUAUGUUAUGAAACUUAACUUAAUGAUUACUAUUCCUUUUUUCAAAUUCAAAAGUAACAUACAUUUAUUCAGAUGUACAGUAUUAAUAGCUAUUUUUUCGUUAUAUUUAUUUUUGUGCUGUUUGGACAUGUCAUCAAGCCUCUUUGUAUUACAGUUUCAAACCAGAAAAGAUAUCAAAUUAACAUAAGUGUGAAUUUGGAUA